AUGACAGACACGUCGCUGGAUGUGCCCGUAACCCGUAACAAGCUGGACCGGAACCGCUUCUCCAUCACCGGUGCGGCGAAUCUAUCGCUUGACGAUGUCGAGGCCGUACAUGUUCAGCUUCGCGGACUCUCAAUUUCGGUCGACACUUCACCGUCAUGGUUGGACCCCUCAACGUAUCCUGAACUAUUUUCCGCCGGGUUCAAUUCGAAGCCUCGCAUCAAGACUCUUCUGCAUUCAGUUGAUGCAGACCUGAAGCCCGGAACCCUGACAGCCAUCAUCGGAGGCAGCGGCUCGGGAAAGACGACGCUGCUCAACAACCUCGCCGAGAGGGUUGUGAGCUCAAGACUCAGCCAACAAGGCCUGGCGACAUUCAACGAAAAAGUCGGCGUCAACAGCGUUCGACAUGCCUAUGUGAUGCAGCAGGACAUUCUGCUCCCAACUCUUACUGUCCGAGAGACCUUGAGAUACUCGGCUGAUCUUCGACUGCCCCCAUCCACCAGUGCCGAGGAUCGUGAAAGAAUCGUCGAGGAAGUCAUUCUCGAACUGGGCCUCAAGGAAUGCGCCAACACCCGCAUAGGAAACAGUCAACACCGAGGUUGCUCAGGAGGCGAGAAGAGACGCGUGAGCAUCGGUGUGCAGCUCUUGGCAAAUCCGUCCGUCCUGUUUCUCGACGAGCCCACCACUGGCCUGGACGCGACAAGUGCCUAUCAACUCGUGCGGACUCUCAAAGCGUUGGCGCAAAAAGGCAGAACCGUCAUUACCACGAUCCACCAGCCUCGAUCGGAGAUAUGGGACCUCUUCGACAAUCUCAUCAUCUUGUCCAGAGGCAGUCCCGUCUUCUCAGGCCCCGCCUCCGACUGUCUUCCAUGGUUCCAACAUCUCGGCCACGAACUGCCCCCAUUUGUUAACCCAGCAGAAUUCGUCAUCGAUGUUGCCGCCGUCGACAACCGCACCCCUGAGCUGGAGGCAGAAACCUCAGCUCGCCUCGAAAGCCUCAAAGCAGCAUGGAAGGUAGAGAGCGAAAGCCGGUUCCCACCUUUGGAGGCCGCUGCCGAGGUGAGGACGCGGCAGAAGCACCCACAGGCGGCAACACACGCCGGCUUCUUCCGCCAGGUACGAAUCCUGACGGAUCGAACGUUCAAAGUCACGUAUCGGGAUCCCCUCGGCAUGACUGCGUCCCUUCUGGAGGCUGUCAUCAUGGGAGUUGUCAUAGGAUAUCUGUUUUUCGACCUCGGCCGCGAUCAAGCGGGCAUUCGGUCUCGCGAGGGUCUCCUCUAUACUGCAACGGGACUCCAAGGCUACUUGAUCCUCAUGUUCGAAACAUAUCGAUUGACCAUUGAUAUGCCGACGUUUGACCGCGAGUCCUCGGAGCAUUGCGUCGAUGCCGUGCCCUACAUCUUGUCACGGCGAUUGGCCCGCCUCAUCACGGAGGACUUCCCUGUCCCUUUUCUAUUCUCCCUCAUCUUGUACUUUAUGGCUGGGUUCGAUCACGAUGCUUCCAAGUUCUUCAUUUUCUUUAGCAUCGGAUUCGUCAACCAUUUUGCUUGUAUCAUGUGUGCAUUCACAUGCGUGGUGGCAGUGCGGCACUUUCCAGGGGCCAGCCUGAUUGCCAACUUUGCUUUCACGCUGCAGAGUAUCGCGUGCGGUAUCUUCAUCCAAGUUGAUACGAUCCCGGUGUAUGUGCGAUGGUUGAAAUGGGUGACUUGGUCGUUUUACACGUUCGGGGCGUAUUGCGGGAAUGAGUUUCAAGGCAGCUUCUACGACUGCCCCGAGCCAGGGGGGCCAUCCAACCCGGCCUGUCUCCAGUAUACCGGAGACUACAUCUUGUCGUCCCUCGGAUUUCCCAAGAACUGGGUCGCUCGCCCCAUCGUUUGCCUCGCGUCGUUUGUCAUCUUCUUCUUCAUCCUGUCGGCUGUUGGCUUGCAGUAUAUCAAGGUUGAAAUGACCAUUGCGCGGGCGCGAGUCUCGGACACGGACCUGUCAGCCGGAAAAGAGAAAAUGACUGCGCGGUCGAUUGCAGAGGUGCGCACCAUCGAUGUUGAGCUAGAGAAUUUCUCACUGGAUCUCGAUAAAAGAAAGGUCAAUGGAAAGAAGUUGCCUCGGAAAACCAUUGUCCAGCCUAUCAACGUCAAUUUUCAGGCCGGCACGUUGAACAUCAUCAUGGGCCCGUCGGGAAGCGGCAAGACGUCUCUUCUCAACUCGAUGGCACUUCGGCUGCGCAACUCCAUUGGCACCCACUAUCGUCCAUCUGGCAAGAUGUCUUUCAACGGAGCAGUCCCAUCUGCCUCUGUUGUCAGAUCAGUCUGCUCUUAUGUCUGUCAGGAUGACGACGCUCUCUUGCCCUCGUUGACGGUUCGAGAGACGUUGCAGUUCUCCGCCGCUCUGCGUCUGCCUUCGUUCAUGAGCAAGGAAGAGAAGAGUCGCCGCGCAGAGGAGAUUCUCAUGAAGAUGGGUCUGAAAGACUGUGCAGAUAAUCUGAUUGGCAAUGACCUGGUCAAGGGUAUCUCGGGAGGAGAAAAGCGGCGAGUCUCCAUUGCUGUGCAGGUCCUCACAGAUCCUCGCAUACUUCUCCUGGACGAGCCAACGUCUGGACUGGAUGCCUUCACCGCGAGUUCCAUCAUGGAAGUUCUGCAAGGCCUCGCAAACGAAGGCAGAACGCUUAUCUUGACAAUCCACCAACCUCGAUCGGACCUGUUCAAACACUUUGGCAACGUACUGCUCCUUGCCCGUGGCGGUGCUCCAGCAUAUGCAGGUCCCGCCAAGGAGAUGCUCAACUAUUUCGGUAGGCAGGGGUAUCAAUGCCCACAGCAUUCAAAUCCCGCCGACUUUGCCCUGGAUAUGAUAACUGUCGAUCUGCAGCGAGACGACAGAGAGGCAGAGAGCAGAGAGAGAGUUGAGAAACUCAUAGAGGAGUGGAGAAGAUAUUCUUCAGGAGGAGACAGGGAGCAGGUGUGGAAGAGGGAGGAUGUGACGAGGCUCCCAGAGAUAACCGAAACCGAUGAAUUGGACGAAAAGAAGCCAACCAACGGAGAAGUGGACGAUAAAGCAGCCGACAAGGACGAGACGUCGCCAAAGAUUCAACCUGCUGCCUCUCGCAGACCUUUCAACAAGGCCAACCUCUCAACGCCCGCAGAACUCGGUGCACUUGUCCACAGCCCAGCCUCCAUUGCCACUGCCGUGCCUUUGCUUCUGCAUCGUGCCAUCAUCAACACGCGCCGGCAGCCGCAGCUCAUCAUGGCUCGCACGAUGCAAGUCGUUGGGCUGGCCAUCAUCUUCGCCCUCUUCUUUGCGCCACUGCACCACGACUACUACUCGGUCCAGAACUGGAUGGGUUUCAUCCAGGAAAUCGGCGCCUUUUACUUCGUCGGCAUGCUGCAGAACGUCGCAAUCUAUCCGAGCGAGCGAGACGUCUUCUAUCGAGAAGAUGACGACGGAGUGUAUAGCGUCGAUGCGUUCUUGCUCUCGUACACGAUCCUCGAGGUCCCCUUUGAGAUACUCAGCUGCCUGCUCUUCGGUAUCUUGAUGUGUAUCGCCGUCGGCCUUCCUAGGACGGCAACAAUGUACUUUGUCUCCGUCUUUGGCUGCUUCGGCAUCGUCUCGUGCGGCGAGAGUCUGGGCAUCAUGUUUAACACACUCGUCAACCACACCGGAUUCGCCGUCAACAUCAUGGGCAUGUUUCUCUCGAUUGCCAACGCCAUGGCCGGUGUCUUGUCCAUAGACGCCCCCGAGGCCUUCAAGGCGCUCAAUUAUCUCUCACCCAUCCGAUAUGCCUUGCGCUCAAUCGCCCCUUAUGCCUUGCGAGACGAGCAGUUCUACUGCAAGCCGGGACAGCAGCUUGCCAAUGGCACCUGUCCGAUCGAGACGGGCAAGCAGGUUCUUCAGCUGUACAGAUUUGAGGACGACCCGGUGGUGAACGUAGCAGCUCUGGCAGGGUGCUUGGUGGUAUAUCGGCUGCUGGCCUGGCUCUUGUUGAGGCUGGCCAGGGCAAGAUGGAGUGGGCAUAAGAAGUAG